AUGGAUAGUAAAGAGUACUUGAAGUGUUUUGGGUGGAAAGAAGGUGAAGCCCUAAGGACAGGCGGCCUUAAGAAGCCUAUCUUAGUGAAGCACAAGAGAGAUAAAAAAGGUCUUGGAUGCGCACCCGGUCAGGAUGACAGUGAGGCUUGGUGGGAGCGUAUAUUUGAUGGCCAGCUAAAGGGACUUGAAAUAAAUGCAGGAACCAAAACACAUGGUAUUUCAUUCAACCAAAAGAAAGUUGUUGCAUCAGGGCAUUCGAAGGAAAGCUCGCCGUUAUACAGAAGAUUUGUCAGAGGCGAGAGUCUUAAAGGUACUAUAGAGGAUCAGGACAAUGAUCCGUUACCCCAAUUGAUUGUAUUCAAAGGCAGUAAAAGGACAUCAGGAAUUUCUGAUGAAAAGAGAUUGCUGAAGAAACGAAAGAAGGAGAAGAGAGAGAAGAAAGAGAAGAGAGAGAACAGAGGGAAGACAGAGAAGAAGCAGAAGAAGAAAGAUAAAAAGACUUCCAAAGUUCAAAAAAAGGAGAGUAAACAUAAGAAGUAA